AUUUGUGUGAUGGGAGGACAUUGGGCAAUUAUGUGGCCCAAGCACAAUUCUCCAUGUCAAAGUCAAUAAAGGUGGGAACAACCGAUUAGCAGGAAAAAUAUAACGAAGAAGGUCGCUGCACGGAGAGAAGUAAGAAGAAGAGACUAGACAACUGAGAAUUGCAAUGAAGAAAGCAGAGCUGGUGUUUGUCCCAGUAGCAUUCCGCGGUCACCUUGUAUCAACUGUAGAAUUCGCAAAACGCUUAAUCCAAAGGGAUGAUCGCUUUUCAGUCACCAUCCUCUCCAUCAACUCCCCAUUCGGCCCCGACGCGCAUGGAUACAACAAAUCACACCUUGCUUUUGAACCCGGUCUCCGUUUGAUCGAUCUCCCUCCACAGGAUCCCCCUCCACCUCACCUUAAAAAAUCCAUUGCACAAUUCCUGUCAGUUUACAUUGAGAGUUACAUUCCUCAUGUGAAAGACGCCAUCAUCAACCUCAAAUCAACUCGGCCUCUCGCUGGGGUAGUCCUUGAUUUUGUAUGCAUCUCAAUGAUUGAUGUGGCCAAUGAACUGGGUCUUCCCUCAUAUCUGUUUCUAACCUCUGGUGCUGCUCUUGUUAGCCUCAUGCUCUACCUUCCCACCCGCCAUACACAAAUCAGCGCUGCCUUUGAGGACGCGGAUCCUGAGUUGGUGAUUCCAGGUUUCAUAAACCCAGUUCCGGUUAGCGUUUUGCCUGAAGCACUGAGGGACAAGCAUGGUGGUUAUGCCUCUUUUAUAAAGGUUGCUCAGAGGUUUAGAGAGGCUAAGGGCAUUAUAAUCAAUACAUUUACUGAGUUGGAGCCUUUCUUAGUGGGUUCCUUCUCCGACGGCCAAGCUCCUCCAGUGUACACGGUCGGACCAGUGCUUGAUCUCGAGGGUCAGGCCCAUUCUAGUGCAGACCGGGCUGACCAUGAUAAGGUCAUGGCCUGGCUUGACACUCAGCCGGAAUCCUCUGUGAUGUUCCUAUGCUUUGGGAGUCUGGGCACCUUCGAUGUACCCCAGGUGAGAGAGAUCGCGCUUGGACUUGAGCGCAGCGGCCACAGGUUCCUGUGGUCUUUACGUCGGCCACCGCCAGAUGGGAAGUUCGGUAGCCCAAGUGAAGGCACGAAUCUGGAUGAGAUGUUGCCAGAAGGGUUCAUGGAGCGGAUCGGAGGAAAAGGAAUGAUCUGCGGUUGGGCACCGCAAGUGAAAGUUCUGGCCCACGAAGCCAUUGCUGGGUUUGUAUCCCACUGCGGGUGGAACUCAAUCUUAGAAAGUGUGUGGAACAGUGUGCCAAUAGUCACAUGGCCACUUUACGCAGAACAAAAGUUGAAUGCAUUUGAGAUGGUGAAAGAACUAGGAUUGGCAGUGGAGAUGAGAUUAGACUCCAGGUACGACGGAGAUGUUGUGAUGGCGGAGGAGAUAGAUGGAGCCGUAAGACGUGUGAUGAAGGCUGAUAGCACAGUGAGAAAGAUGGUGAAAGAGAUGGGAGAGAAGAGUAGGAGGGCUCUGACGGAGGGUGGAUCUUCAUACAAUUCGUUUGAACGGUUGAUCCAUGCGAUGAUAAAUACCCGGGAUUGUGCUAUCUUGAAUGUGUGGAAGUACGAUCAUGUGAUUUAGCAGAAAUUAUGGAGGUUAAAUAUUCUUGCACCUGGGGGUAGGAAGCAGAAAGAUUAAAGAGCAGACAACGGAGAUAAAGAAAAUAGAGCUGGUGUUCGUCCCAACUCCCGCCGCUGGCCACUACAUAUCCGCCGUGGAAUUCGCAAAGUGCUUAAUCCACACGGACGAUCGCUUUUUCUGUUACCAUCCUCCAAAUGAGUUGAUCACUCAAUCCUUAUCCGGAUAUAUACAACAAAUCUCUUCUUGCCCCUGAAACCCGUCUCCAUUUCAUUGACCUCCCUCCUAUCGAUCACCCUCCAUCCCAUCACCCCAUGAUAUCUUCCUCAAAUCCAUUGAACACUACACAUUGUUUUCAAUUGAAAGCUACAUCCCUCACGUCAAAUACGCCAUCACUCACCUCAUGUCAUCUCGCUCUUCCCCACACUCAGUCCCACUCGCCGGGUUAGUCCUUGAUUUCUUCUGUCUGCCCAUGAUUGAUGUGGCCAACCAACUAGGCCUCCCUUCUUACCUAUACUUCACCUCUGGUGCUGGUUUUCUUGGCCUCAUGCUCCCCCCCUCAACUCGCCAUAGCCAAAUCGACACUGAGUUUGAAGACUCGGAUCCUGAUCUGGAGCUCCCGAGUUUCGUCAACCCAGUCCCUAUUCGCGUUUUGCCUGAAGCCUUGAGUAACAAGCAUGGUGGUUAUGCUGCUUUCAUAAAGUUUGCACAGAGGUUCAAAGAGGCUAAGAGUAUUAUAGUAAAUACGUUUUCUGAGUUGGAGCCUUAUGCCGUUGAGUCGUUCGCCAAUGGUCAGAGCCUCCCCCCCCCCCCCCCCCCCCCCCCCCCACGCCUCGGUGUACACGGUAGGACCGGUUCUUGACCUCGGGGGUAUGUCUCAUUCCGGUUCAGACCGGGUUGACCACAGUAAGAUCAUUGGGUGGCUAGACGCUCAGUUGGAAUUGUCUGUGGUGUUCCUCUGCUUUGGAAGCAUGGGUACCUUCGACGCGCCCCAGGUGAGGGAGAUCGCGCUUAGGCUCGAGCGUAGCGGCCACAGGCUCUCCUGGGCGUCUGCUGAGGCUGGAUGGCAAACUCGGUGGAAGCUCUAAUGGCAUGGAACUCAGUGAGAUCUUGCCUGAGGGGUUCCUGGAUCGAAUCGGAGAAAGGAGAAUGAUCUGUGGUUGGGCACCGCAAAUGAAAGUCCUGGCCCACAAAGCUAUAGGAGGGUUCGUAUCCCACUAUGGGUGGAACUCCAUCUUAGAGAACAUAUGGAACAGUGUACCGAUGACAACCUGGUCCAUGUAUGCAGAACUGUUACAAUAACUAUGGACUCACAUAUAUUAAUAAUUGUUUAUGAUUAAA